AUGACGAAAUGUGGGGAAUGCAAUGAAGGCCUCCUUGAUGGGGCAGUUUGCUCAUUAUGUAAACAGACGUUCCACUACAAUUGUAUAGGAAUUACAGAGGGAGGAUAUCGAAAACUUGGUGACAGAAAAUCUACUUGGCGUUGCCCUAAGUGUAAAUCAGGGGGACUAUGUCUACAAGUGAAUACACCGACACUUUCUCCAACGCAUGAACCUUCCAGUAAGAUCUUAGAAGAGAUAAGAACCCUGUCCUCCAGAAUGACAGCCUUUGAAGAGCUUGUAGGCCAGAUAAAGUUAAUGAGAGAUGAGUUCUCUGAGCUGAAAUCCUCAGUAGUCGAAGCUAGCACAAUAAUUAAAGACUUUGGGUUACGACUACAAAAUAUGGAGGAUAGGCUUCUGGAAGUAGAAAAAACCAAAGAACUUAUUAAUGGUUUACAAAGCAGAGUUGAUGUCUUAGAAUGUGAAAGGGAUGCGGCAGAGCAAUGGAAUAGAAUGAACAACGUUGAGUUAAAGGGAAUACCACAGACCGCGAAUGAAAACCUGCUGGAUUUAAUAGUAAGCAUAGGAUCCAAAGUUAAUUUUGCUGUGACGAAACAGCAGUUAAACUUUAUAGCCCGCACACCAUCAAGAGACUAUAAUCACCCAAAGCCGAUUGUUGCGUGUUUCAACAGCAGGUAUGUUAAGGAGAACUUCGUGACAGCUGUGAGAUCUUUUAACAGGGAGAGCGCCCUAUCUGCCAACCUGUUAGGACUUAGAGGCUCCGCAAAAAUAUUUGCUAACGAUCACCUGACCACCCGGAACAAAGUUCUUUUAAAUAAGACAAAGCAGUUAGCCAAGGAAAUGGGCUGGCGGUAUGUUUGGGUCAAGCACUGCAAGAUUCAAGCACGAAGAAGUGACUCGUCACCAGUUUGUGUAAUAAAGUCAGACAAGGAUCUUCAGAAAAUAACGAAAGGAGAAAUGUGA